AUGUCAGGUUUUCUUCAAAGUCAAUUGUUACCAGCAAAACAGGUGGCACAACUCCUCGCUGACGAUUAUCAUAACUUUAAGAUUGACCAUGAUCCUUCCAUUCAAAAGUAUUUGUUUUCAAAGGUUAAGUUGUUUGGGGUCACGAACACCAAUCUAUGCUUUGGAGAUGGAUCUAACAACCAAAUGUUUGCAUACAGUGUCAAUGCUGACAAUUCGAUCGUGUGGGGUGCCAAACUUCAACAAAGUACUCGUUUUAUUAUUUCGAAAGCAAACAAUGAGACUGGUGAAGUGUACUAUGAUCAAGUACUGACAAAUGUUUCUUAUGUCAUCAGUAAUGCGGACUAUUAUAAGGAAUCUAUUCGUAUCACACAGGAGUAUCCACAUGGAGCUUUUGGUGCCCCUUACAAAGUUCUUGGAGGACCACAAUCCACUUUUUUCCGUUCCAGUUUUCAAUCGAACAGAUUUGUUGAAUGGAAUCAAGAAUCGAUCUUAACAAAAGGUUAUGUCAUUAUCUCAGAAUUUGCCAAUAACUUUGUGAUUGGAAGUAACCUUGAAAUUGAAGGUAUUGACGCCAAACGUGUGAAAGCCACAGACAUUACCACCCGAAAUGCUGGCACUGUCAUGAACAUGCUGUUACAACAAACUGGAGACUCUUUGGAUCCGUUCAUUCUCAACAUUGAAAGUAAUGGAAUCAAUUACUUGGUCUCAUCUACACCUUUCGUUUACACCAAUUUGAAAUGGCGAAUGACACUUGUUUUUGAAGAGAAUGAAAUCAAGAAGGGCAUUAUCAUAAGUAGUUACGUCAUUCUCGGAGUGACUUUAGGAGUGACCGGAUUGGGCAUCUUGAUGAGCGUUGUGAUAGGUUGGAUGGUUACAAAUCCAUUCAUCCAUCUUCAGGAAGAUUUUAAAAAGAUUGAAGUGCUCGAUUUGGCCAACAUUAAAGAAAGAAGUGCGUUCUUUAGUGAAGAGAAAAGUAUCUAUUCAAGUUUGACCGAGACAGUGAGAUGGUUGAGUGAAUUUAGAGCCUUCUUGCCAGACUCUGUGUUAAAUCAGCUUGAGAAUAACAAGGAACAGAAAAAUCAAGAUUCUAGACCAGAAUCAAGCAAGAAAGACGUCAAAGUUCAACUGACUCAAGAAAUGUCAUUUCAAAAUUCCAAAUCCUUUUUCAAGAUUGGACUUUCAUCAAAAGAUCUGGUCACACUUGUCCACAUUUCCAUUCCAAAUUUAUCAGAAAAGAAUUAUCCAUUCGAUGCCUUGAACAAUGUCACAUCCAAAUGUUUGACAUCUGUUUCGAAUAUUUGUAAAACAUGUCGUGCAGAUGUACAAAUUAAGAGUUAUGACGAAUAUGUGGUUAUAUUUAAUGACAAGUUUCCCUGCAUAACAGCACUUGAAACUUGUUUGAAGUUGAAGAUGGCAUUAGAAUCAUUGAACAAUCAUCUCACAAAGGAAGGAUUGAAUCCAUUGCAAGUGUGUAUGGGAGUUUCAAGUGGAGAGUGUCUCAUCGGUAAUAUUGGAAAUAAGCACCUCACCAAGGAUUCUUUUGUGUUUCGACCAGUUGAAAGAAUUAUGAGUUCAUCCAAGAAAAGUAUCGACACUGUAUAUCAACUCAUUCAGAAAAACCAUGUGGCAGAAGAUGAAUGGAUGUAUGAACUUGAAACCAAGCAACAUCAUGCUAAAUUUGAACUAUUUGGCACCCAUUUCUUUAAAUUAUUUGAUGACCCUCUUUUGGAUAAAGAGGAGGCCAAUCAUGUGAAGAACUUCAUGUCCAACAUGUUUGAACUGUCUCCUGGAGAUGUGGUGCUUCAAAGAAUCAACAAAUUGAUUGAACUGAGCUCCACAAACAAAGGUGGUCAAAUGAAUCCCUUAUCGAGUUAUUAUACAAAUAUUUCAACAAAUGUCACAAGUUAUGUCCAGGGAGAGGUCGCUCAGCUUGAUUGUGGCUGUUGA